CGGUACUCGGUACUUGUAUCGAUUUAUUACAAUAAUAUGAAUAUAUAUAUAUAUAUAUUGCAAUAUAUGUACAUAUAAUAAUGCAUUUUAUUACACUGCGUAAAUCUAUAAGGAAGCAUAUUCAAAUACAAGUCAUAUACAGGUUUAAUGGCAAGAUAACCAAAUUGAAAGAUAAACCAGACCCAAGUAACAUCUCACAGGAUUAUGUUGGGGCCCCAGAUAAGUUAUCUAAUAUACGGUCUUAUAUUAGACAUGUACCUAAGAAUGAAUCGAUACUGGAAUGCCGUUUAAGGAACAUGCAAGAUGAAGUCGAAAAGUGGAAUCACGGCUUCUGGAGCAGGCAUAAUGAAAGGUUCUUUUGCGAACGGGAGGACUUUGUUAAUGCGUCUAUGUCUGGAAACAAAACGGAAGUAUCAGCAGAUAAAAUGAGCGAAUUCUAUAAGUCAUUUUUAGAUAAGAAUAGAGGAACUCAUAUCCGCUAUAAUUACUUAUGGUAUUUAAAAAAUUUUGAAAUGUUAAAACUAUCUUUUAGAGUUUAUAUUGAGCGACUUUUGAAAAAAUUUAAAUAAAUAUCAUUCAAUUUU